AUGAUCAUUGGGGAAUUCUACAUGAUACGCAACCGCAUGAUCUACCUGAAAGAGGGCUCGGAAGGCCACUUGAUAUCGCUCGACUCAGAACUCUACUUCCCUCAGGCAUUCAUCCUCCGCAAGCUCACCAUAAUCAUGGUGAACUCGGUGCGGUUGAAAUACCACGACUAUAACUCGACUCGGGAUUUCCUGUUCGACAUUCUGGAGCGUAUCGGCCAGCGAGCAAGCGGUUGA